AUGCAAAGUGAAAAAGUUUGGAAUGCAGUUGAAUUUGGUUGGUCUCCACCUAAGGUGUUGGAUAGAGAAGGAAGACCAACUAAUGUUAUCAAGCCUAAGUUGGAAUGGGAUAGAGGUGACAAUGAAGCUAGUGAGAACAAUGCUAGAGCCAUGUAUUCUAUCUUUAAUGCCAUUAGCACGGAUGAAUUUCGUAGGAUAGCCACAUGUACUUCGGCUAAGGAGGCUUGGGAUAUCCUCCAAGUGACUCAUGAAGGUACUAAUGCUGUGAAAGUGUCCAAACUUCAAAUGUUAACCUCUAGGUUUGAGACAAUUAGGAUGGAGGAUCAUGAGAACUUUGGAGAGUUCUAUGCAAAACUGAUGGACAUUGUGAAUUCUAGUUUUAAUCUAGGUAAUAGAUCAUUCUUCACUAAUUUCACUGAAUUUGAUGGAGGAAAUGUGACUUUUGGUGAUGGCAAUGUUGCUAGUGUGAAAGGGAAAGGCACAAUUUGUGCUCCCGGGAUCCCUAACCUUGAAGAGGUUUUGUCAAGAGAGUGUGAUGAUGAUAGAAUUGAUGUGUCAAAAGAUAUUGAAGUGAUUGAAGAAAAAUCUGAAGAUGAAAAGUUAAGUGAAGAUGAAGAAAAAAAAGAUGAGCAAGGAAAGAAAGGAGAUAGGGGGAGAAUUGAGCCAUCAAAGAAAAAUAAGUCAAGGGUACCUAAGAACCAUCCUUUGAGCAAUGUGAUUGGGAACUAUGAGGAUAGCAUGGUAACAAGGAGACAAUCCAAGCUAAAUGAGGUAAGCUAUGUUUGCUAUACCUCCCAAAUUGAACCAAAAAAUGUUGAAGAAGCCUUGAAUGAUGAAGCUUGGGUAGAUGCUCUUCAUGAAGAGCUAAAUCAAUUUUCUAGAAAUGAUGUUUGGUUCUUAGUGCCUAGACCAAAAGAUGUGAAUGUCAUUGGAACAAAAUGGAUUUUCAAAAAUAAGAUGGAUGAAAAUGGUGUGAUUGUGAGAAAUAAAGCUAGGUUAGUUGCUCAAGGGUUCAAGCAAAUUGAGGGAAUUGAUUUUGAUGAAACCUUUGCUCCAGUUGCAAGACUUGAAUCCAUUCGAAUACUCUUAGCUGUAGCUUGUGUAUGGAAAUUUAAAUUGUUUCAAAUGGAUGUCAAGAGUGCCUUUCUAAAUGGGAUCCUUAAUGAAGAAGUGUAUGUGGAGCAACCCAAAGGGUUUCAAGACCCUAGGUAUCCAAAUCAUGUCUAUAGACUUAGAAAAGCUCUCUAUGGUUUAAAGCAAGCUCCUAGAGCUUGGCAUGAAAGACUCACAUCCUAUCUUCUUAAGAAAGGAUUCAUGAGAGGGGGAGUUGAUCGAACAUUGUUCAUUAGAAGAAAUGAUGAAGUGUUCUUGGUAGCACAAAUCUAUGUGGAUGACAUUGUGUUUGGCUCUACCUCCAAUGAGUGUGCUUUAGAUUUUGCCAAAGAAAUGAAAAGUGAGUUUGAGAUGAGCAUGGUAGGAGAAUUGACCUAUUUUCUUGGUUUCCAAGUGAAACAACUCAAGGAUGGGAUUUUCCUAUCCCAAUCCAAGUACGCAAGGGAACUUGUCAAAAAGUUUGGGCUUGAGUCAACUAAACAUUUUAGGACACCAAUGCCAACCAACCUAAAGCUAAGUAAGGAUGAAUCCGGGAAAGGGGUAGAGGAAACAUUGUAUAGGAGCAUGAUUGGUAGUCUCUUGUACCUCACUGCUAGUAGACCGGACAUAGCUUUUAGUGUUGGAGUGUGUGCUAGGUAUCAGGCAUGUCCUAAGGAAUCUCAUCUCAUAGCUCUUAAGCGUAUCAUUAGGUACAUUGCUGGUACUUUAGAGCUGGGUCUUUGGUAUCCAUUUGACACUCAUUCUGAUGUAGCUUGCUACACUGAUGCCGAUUGGGCUGGAAAUGUGGAUGAUAGAAAAAGCACUUCAGGUGGUUGUUUCUAUAUUGGAAAUUGUUUGGUUGCUUGGAUGAGUAAGAAGCAAAACUCUGUUUCGCUUUCCACAGCUGAAGCGGAAUACAUUGCUGCCGGUAGUUGUUGUUCCCAACUUUUGUGGAUCAAGCAAAUGUUGAGAGACUAUGGGAUUGAUCAAGGAACCAUGGUACUGUUUUGUGACAAUACUAGUGCAAUCAACAUCUCCAAGAACCCUGUUCUGCACUCUAGAACAAAACACAUUGAUAUUAGACAUCAUUUCAUUCGUGACUUAGUAGAAGACAAAGUGGUGUCAUUGGAAUAUGUUCCAACUGAGGGUCAAAUUGCUGAUAUUCUUACUAAACCUUUGGAUGUGUCUAGCCCUAGGGUUUUCGUUCCAGAGAAGAACCCUUCGUCUCUUCUAUUCGCCGUCGUUUGGUUCGUUCCGACCGUUGUCACCGGAAAUCUUCGCCGUGCACAGCUCUCAUUCUCAUUUCUGUCUGCUGUCGGCAUUUCGGUGUACUGUAAGCACAUCUUGUCUCAUUGUUUUUCUCUCUGUUUGUCGCCUGUUUGUCGCUGGACUGCAACUCCAUUUCCGUUAGUCGGCAUUCGUUCCAGUUUUUCUUGUGGUAUCACUGAUCUGAUAUCUUCCCCGUCAAAGGAUUGCUGA